AUGGCAAUCCAACACCAGCUAUUACAGCCCCUUCUCUUCCUGCUGCUGCUGCUGCUGCUGCUGCCGGACUUGUCUCUAUGUCCGGGAAACGCUGUGUUCUUCUCUGACACUGGCCCCUCCCUUCCCCAGGCUGCUCCCACAGGGGGGAGGGGAGAGGAUUUCCCGGAUCUCCCAGACACAGCGGCAGAGGCGGAAGAGAGAGAGCUUCCCGGAAAAGGAGGUGAUGUCAUCGUGUUGGGGGGAGGGUUUGAACUGAACCAGGAUCAAGGAUUUGGGGCAAAGAUUAGACAGGAUUUAAUGAAGCAGUGGGGGUCGGAUCAUAACCAGCUCGGAACAUCAGGCGUCGUCCGGGAAACCGCAUCCUCCCGUUACCGACAGCAACCAACCAUCACUUCACAUAAAACGCCUGACCUGUUCCCAUAG